ACCGAUUUCAAGAACCACGGACGCUCCACUCGGCCCCUGCUAGGUGGCGUGUGCUGCAAUUAAGUAACGGGCAGAGACACCUCACAGGCAACCAAACCAAACCGAAAACAACAAUGAGCAACUACCGCAUCCCAGCCAGCAUAUAUUAAACAAGAAACGAGCAACUAACCACAGCAGUAAAACCAAAAAAAAAAACAAUAUCCCAACUGGGCUGUUUCGUACAUACAUAACUCGACGACCAGGAGACAGCAAGCCAAGAGCCAGAGAAUCGGAAAAGCGCAGCUAGCAUCCAUCAAUUAGCACCGUUCGGAUGGCUUCUCUCCAUAAGAUGUAAUACAAAAGUUAACAAAUAAUCCACAAAUUAAGGACUCAAGGCGUGUUCACUGGAUGCGUCAGACAUUUGAUUAAAGUGCAAGCCCUUCCAAAAGCCCGUUAUUAAUGGAAACGUUUUGAGAAAACGUGCUCGGAUUGCCAAAACCAAGGAGAAUCGACAAAUGCACCACCAAAAGGGGAGAAAACCAAAAAUAUUUUGGUAGAACCGUUGCCAAAUAAAGAGUCGAGGACAACAAUUGGAAAAAAGACACCCUACAUAUACCACACCAUAUGUACAUAAUCUAAAACUCGGAUAUGCCUUGUAAAUACAGCAUAAAUAUUUAGGAUCUAGGCAACUACGCUUAUUACGACAACUGAAAGCAGGAGAAGGGAACACACCUUUUCGAAUUUCAAACAAACACGAUUCUCAUUCUAGUCGCGAAACUCUAACAAUUACAGAUAUUCGCCAAACGGUGAGACACAAAAACAUUAACUAAACAAUAACAAACCUCCCCCACCAAAAAUAACAAACCAAGCAAACAAGCAGACAAGCAAACAAGCAAAUAUAUAUCUUUAUUAAAAUACGAAAGCAAGAAAAUAUUAAAAAAAAAAAAUUGAGUAUCGAACAAAACCAAAACGAUAGCAACAGAAACAACAAGAGAAACAGCGAAUCAAUCCAAAUUACCUAAAAAGUGCGAAUGAUCUACGAAGACCAUCUGACAAGCAGCCCUCAUCUACGAAACGCAGCCUGAGCUGUAUACCUCCUCUUCAAGGGCACACGAUCCGUAGACGGACCAGCAAAGAUAACGCUAUCCGGGCCCAGAGUCCCCAGAGUCAAGAGCGUGGAAAGAGGAGACCCGAGGGCUCGUCCAAGGGGUCAAGAUGCAUAUUGAAAUCCAGGUGGCCCUGAACUUCGUCAUAUCCUAUCUCUACAACAAGUUGCCGCGCAGACGUGUAAAUAUAUUCGGCGAGGAGCUAGAGAAGGCCUUGCGCGACAAGUUCCAGGGUCACUGGUACCCGGAAAAGCCCUUUAAGGGCUCUGCCUAUCGCUGCUUGAAGACUGGCGAUCCCAUCGAUUCGGUUCUGGAACGUGCGGCCCGGGAGAGCGGAGUGCCGAUAGGGGACAUCCUUGAAAACUUGCCAAACGAACUGUCCGUCUGGAUCGAUCCCGGAGAGGUUUCAUUCCGCGUUGGCGAAAAGGGAGCAGUUAAGAUACUCUACACUGAGAACAAUGAGAACCACGAGGACAGCCACUCGGCCGACCGAGAGGUCACCAAGAUGUUUAACCCGGAGGCGCAGUGCUUUCGUCCCAUCGACGCGGUGAACACGACCAUGAACAACCUGAGCCUGAGCCCCAAGGCGCUUCCAUUGGCCCUCCCCCAGGCGGGAUCCUCGCCGCACUCGGCCGCCUCCACCUCGCCCACCUACAAGGGCAGCCCCAAUCCGACGAUCUCCGGCAGCUGCAGCUCCGGCUCCGGAGCGGGCUCCGGAACGGGUUCCGGUUCCGGAUCGGGAUCGAACCUGGGACCCGGUCCGGGUACCGCUCCUGUUGCCGUCCCCGGAAAUCCAGGUGCCACCGCCAACGCCGCUGCAGCGGCCUUCUUGCAACGGGGCGCCCAGGCGCCCUUGACCUUCACCACGGCCACCUUUGCACAGACCAAGUUCGGCAGCACCAAGCUGAAGACCAGCUCCAAGCGCACUAACAGCAGCGCCUACCGCAUGUCGCCCACUGAGUUCUCCAACUACAUAAAGCAGCGUGCGAUGCAGCAGCAGAUGCACCAUGGCCACGGGGUCGUAUCUACCGGCGGAGGCUCGUCGGUAUCGGGGGCGUUUGGCGGUCUGGAUGCCGUGUCGCCGGCGCGUUCUCUAUCACCAAAUCCUAUGUCGCUGGGCGGCAAUCAGAGUCAGAAUCAGGUUGGAGGUGCCAAUGCCACCGGAACGUCCGCAGAUCCAUUCUACUAUCCCAACAUGGCGAUUGGCCUGUAUCCGCAAUUCGGCAAUCCCCGUAGCCUCUUCGAGUCGCACUUCAGUGCCACGGACUCGCUGGGACUCUAUGUGGGCGGUGCUGGAGUCACCGCACCCGGGGUGGGAGCCGCCGGGGCAGCCAAUGCUGGAAAUGGAGUGGCCAACAAGUACAGUACUUACCUGGAGCCGUGCUACUAUGGAGCCAACAAUGGCCAACAGCAUCCACGAGUCAAUGGAAUGGAUCGUUCAGCUGGUGGCGAGAACUGCUUUGGCCUGAACGUGGACUGCGGGAUGCCCAUGGAGGAUUCAUCGACAUCCUCGUCGGCGGCGGCUGCUGCUGCUGCUGCCGUGGCCGUUGCCGUUGCCAUUGCCGGGGACUCUUCCGACGAGAACAGUCCCCUGGGAACGCCCACUGUGGGCGUGGUGGCAGCGGUGGCACAGACAACAACGGAAACCACAACGACAACGGGCACAGCAACAAACAAUCCUUCUCCCACUAGCACCAACAACCAGCAGGCACAGCAACCACAACAGCAACAACAGCAAGCGGCCCAGGAACAACCGUCCUCAUCCUCGGGAAACAACAACAACAACAACAAACUGAUUGAUGGCAUUAGCUCUUUCUACGGCAGCGGAUCAUCGUAUCAGCAACUGUUGGUUGCCAACUAGAAGAGUUCCCCCGCAACUAGUCACCAGAAAGAAGAGGAUCCACCGUAGUUCUAAUAUCUCGAUAAGGUGGCCCCAUCUUCAGGUAGAUGCAGCCAGCUAGCUAGGUAUAUAUAGAGAGAUAGAAAGAGAGAGAACUUUUCGGGUCAUGGCCAGCCGGAUGGUCCUUCAAGAGUGAGACCAGAGACGUAGGACAGCGGGACAGGAAACGUAGCGAUAUGGAUGGGCAGAUAGAUAGUAAAACCAGCGUCAUCAUCGUCGUGAGAGGAGAAGGGGAAAGUAUACCCAUGGAAACGAACAAGAAGAACAUGUUUUGCCCUUUCGGAUAGUAUUGUAACAAGUGUCCUUGCUAUGAAAAACAGCCACAUGGGAUGCAUAUCUGUCUCUAUAAGAACGAUUCGAUACGAUGUAGACGACACCAAACAAGACACCCAUGUAAACACGAAAUACAGCAAGAUAAAAGCACACAUCCCAGUGUAUAAGAAGCUGUCUGCACGAUGUAUAUACAAAUGCAUAUAUAUGUGCGAGUGGAGUGGGCCGAGUGGGGCCUCUAAUUGUGGAUAUGUACGCGUUGUAUAUACAGAUACAGACCAGCCAUAAAUAAUACUUAUUUUGUUAUUAAAUUCAGCAUAGACAGCAAAGUGAAGUUUCUUUCUGGUAUCAGAAGCAACACUAGCAUAAAUACUGCAAAAUAUUGAGUGUACAAGAGGUGUAGCCCUAGGCACAUGCAUAUAUGUAUGCUGCACUCCCAAGCAAAUGAUAAAAAUCAACCAAAACAAACCGAUAAGCAACCAGAAAUAAUACCACAAAUAUAUAUAUAUAUAUAUCAAUAUGAGUAUAUAUGAAAAAAGGACAACUAGCAUGUCCCAACUAAUUGUUUUUACUUGUUAAUACAUAUAAUUAUAAAUAUAUUUAAUUAUCCAUCUUAGGAUCAACUUUUACAUUAAGUUUUUAAUUAGUUGUAAACUAAAGAUAAGAUCAUUUUUGUAGAUCAAGUUGCUAAAGAGGAAGGAAAACGAACACGUACAUUGUUGAUAAAUUAGAGAUGCAACUUGCAUACCCCGAGCAUCCUGACCUGUGAGGAAAGUUUUUGCAGAGUAGAAAGUCCUUCUUCCAAUUCUUUGUAUUUUUAUAAACUGUUAUAUUAACUUUUGUAUACAUCAUAGAGCUAACUUGCCAGGAGAGUUAGCUAAAUGUAUUCACCUGCAAUACCAUACGAAAUAUACACAAGAAAUCUUAAAAUUUUCAUACUAUCAAAAACAGUGUUUCGAAAGCUUUUGUAAAUAACAUUGAAGUUGGCUGUAGUACAGAUACCAACUCCUGGUAAGUUAUUGUUUAUCUAAAACCAGAGAAUCAGAGAAACAGACAGAACUAAGUCAACACAAAAUUAGCCUCUCAAAAGUAAAUAUCUUACAUUUGCGUUAAAUAUGGUUUUGAAAUUUAGAAACACUUUAAAAGGGUCAAGAAAAUAUUUGCAUUGAAAGCAUCUCAAACAGAUUUCGGGUUGCUUUUUGGUUGUUAUCGAUUUCUGGAAUACCCCACAUAGACUGGAAAACUGUAAAAGAAAAGAAACCAAACAUUUUGCUCAAAAGAUUAGACAUAAAGUAAGAAACCUGCUCUCAAAAGUAAACAUUCUAAGCGACUUUAAGGGACAUAAAGUAAAUAAUAACAACUUAUGUAAUGGUGGAUAGUAAUAUUAUAACGGCACGCCCAUUCAAAAUGUAAUAUUUAUAAAAAUCGAAGAGUAGGAAAAAGGACUAUUUAUGAUUUCAGUAAAGUUUAGUAGCGUUAAGAAAUGUGACAUUGUCCAAACGAUUUCUAAGGAACCGUAUAAAACUCGAUUAUCGAUUAGUUGGUACCAUAACUACUACUCUGUCUGAUGCAUAUAAAGGUAUAAGCCUCCAAGUCCUGAGUUAACUUUUAACUUAAACAAAUUGCCCCAAAAACCUUUGUUAUCGGUCGUUCGACUAUAUUGAGAAAGAGGUAGUUAAACCAGAUAUAUUAUAAUAGGUACUCGUAUGAUUUUAUUGAUAGUGCCAAGGUUGUCGGGUCACUGCUAGUUUUUUUACCCCUAGAUAAAUGUUAUGCAAGUAAUGCAAAAAACCCAAAAAAAAAAAUAAUACAAUUGAAGAAAAUUUAUAUUUUCGUUAUGUGUUGAAUUGUAUGUAUUACCAUCUGACUUCAUAUUUUUUUGUACAUAUAUAUCUAUUUUUAUAUGAACAUUUGUAAUUUUUAUAAAUCGAGUACAGUAAAAAAUUUUAUACUUUUUAUAUGGGCUUAUGUGAAAAAACCUUGUGCUAUAUGAAUGCUUACUUUAAUUAAAGCGAGGAAAUGAAAACGAGAAACCAAGAGAGCAUUUUUGUUUAUCUGUUUUAAAACCCAAACGAAACACAAGUUGAUGUACAUAAUGCAUUCUAGUUUCACUUCUCUAAUAUGUGUUGUUUAAUGGAUGUACAGUGCUUCUAGAAUACUACAAAAAUAUAUAUUUAUGACAAACACGAAACCACAAACAGUUCAGUAAGCAAGGGAGUUCUCUCCACAUUGAUCUAUUUGUAAUUUAUGCAAACGGUUUUUGUUCAUUUUUUUGUAUUGCCCAGUCAAAAACGGAAAGAAAACCGAUGAUUUUCGGCCUUUUGAAGAACGUAUUCGAAUAUGUACCUACACAUCCGACAGAUGUGUGCAUCUAAACCUACCACUGAAAGCAGAAAUUUAACGAAACAUUUAAGUACCUUAACGAAGCUUCUAAUUACAGCUACUGUGACCACGAGCGAGAGUCGAAAUCAAGCCAACCCAGCAAGGCAGUGCUAUAUAUCCAUCGUAGCUCCUGCUUCUUCUCCAAGCCAGGGACUACGAGUCCCCGGUGGCGCGGGUCUAUAGCUUUUGUAUUCUGAUCAUAGUAGCGCAUAAGUACCUACAGACAAAACGGGCGUACACCAUUUGACACUGCACACAUUAAGGAUUAUGCACGUUUUUUUCCUAGAUAUAUUAGAGUGUACUUGAAUUGAACAAAACAGAAGAGGAAAACCAAAAAUACUAAACAGAAAACCAGAAAUUUUGUACUUUUAUAUAUAUGAUGAGUAUAUAUAUAUUCGUAUACAAGUAUACAUAUGAAUGCCCCCAAAUGGUUCAACUCAACGGAUUCUCAAUGUAUUUUUUGUAUGUCUCAGAACGAAGCAAAGGCAGAAGGCCCACAACCAUAAUGUUAGCACUUGUCUCACAGGCCAUAUUCUAUAAGUAGGCGUAUGGCACAAAUAUAGGCCCCAAGUGUAUGCAUCUGCCAAUCUAUCUUACCUGAAUCUGAAUCUGAAUCUGAAUCGUAGAGGGAAGGGGCUAGGAAACGGGAUACGGAAAGAUAGGAUCGUGUGAGAACACUGGAUGAUGGCUUGCUUGUAAAACCUAUUCUAUUGUGAUUGUGAUAACCAUGUAAGGCCCGGGCGAGGAUCGAGACGCGGAGGAGUGCGUAGAAGGCGAUGUAGCGAUGGCAGAAUAUCCAUAUGUAUAUAUAGUCUAUGUAUAAGUGGGAAAAUUCAAAUAAAGUAACCGCCUAAUCAUCGAUGUCCACCAAACUUAAAUUUUAACUCGAUCGAGAUGAAAUUGUGUCCGACCGAUCUAAUAAGCAAAAACGAACCAUUACGGUAGAUACACAAAUAUACAAAGGCAUAUUUUACAAUAUGAAGUCAGCAAGAGGAAGUAAACCACAGCAAGCCACAUUUUAAUACACACUUCAAGAAAAAAGCAACCGGUGUAGAAAGAACUCACUAACUAAAGCAAAGAGGGACAUUGGACAACCGAAAGAUAGAUGUAAUACAGCUUUUUAUACCUCAGAUAUGUUUCUAUAUGUGUGUAAAUGUACGAAGAGAUAUCUCACGCAAUGCUAAGUAACAAGAAGCCGCAGAAUCGAGUACAUCUAAGCCCACUUGUCGUCGAUGAUAUGAGGUUCACGCGUACAGAUAUUUUGAUAGGUAGUUAGAUGACAACAAAACUCAUUUACGAAUGUAACUUUUAUAUAUUUUUUUAGGUAACUUGUUUUAUCGAUACGCAAUUUCCAAACAUAAAUCUAAAUGUGCAUUAAACCAGACUCUUAAAGAUAGUAUUUCCGGGACACGGUUAGUGGACAGCUCUGGAUGUUAUUAUAUAUAUAUAUGAGAACUACGAGAUAUAUGUCACUUUGAAUCAUAAGUGUUAUAUUCUUUCCAUGUUAUCGGGCUUAAAAAUGAAAAAAACCACGUUUAUAAGAUACAAGAUAUUUUCUCAUGCGUGUCUAGAUUUUACAUAAGUGCAUAUAUUCCUAACUCAACACCAACAGAACGAAGCGGAUAUGAAAUGUUAUGUGAUCUGAGUUCCGUAGUUAUCCUUUGUUAGCCAAGGCAUGUGUGUAUAUAGGGCAGCAGCACCGUGAAAUAUAUAUGCCCGAGCGAAGGCUGCAUAUGUCUUAAAUUGCAAUUGAAAUGCGUUCUGGUGCGAACCAGCAAAUCGGCAAGAGAAAGUAAUUAAAUUAAUGCAUAUCAGUGAUUACAAUAACGAUGUACAUACAUGCAAAACAAUAAAAGCGAGGAAGAGUAAAUAAUGUCUAUGCGUGACCCCAGUGGCACACAGAAACGUGUAUGUAUAUUUAUUCUUAGUACCGAAAUAUUCAAUCAAUUUAACAAAACCCUCUACGUGUGUGGACAUAUGUAAGCAUAGUGGUAAAUAAUAUAAAAUGUAUGUACUAUGUAUAGUAACAAAUAUAACUUCCAUAUGAGUAUUUUUCGUAUUACCUUUAGUAGAAUAAAGAUUAUCGUAUAAUUAAAGCGCAUUGUUUAUAAACGA